AAGCUCUUCAUCCAGAUGUCUGGUGCGCCAGGCUCUGGCAAGAGCACGAUGGCAAAAAUGCUCGGAUGCUCCAUCGACGGGGUGGUCAUCGAUCACGAUGUCAUCCGAUCCUCUCUUCUCAAAGCCAACACUCCAUUCGACCAGGCGGCAGCGCAGGCCUACCAGCUUCAGUGGACACUGGCCCAAGACAUCAUGAAGCAAGGCCACAGCAUCAUCAUCGACAGCACUUGCAACUUCCAAGAGGUCCUCGACCAGGGCACUGCACUCGCCAAGCAGCACGGCUUCACCUACUGGUAUGUCGAGUGCAAGGUCCAAGACAUUGAUCUGUUGGACCAGCGGCUGCGCAGCCGGGAUCCGAUGACGAGCCAGCGAACUGGCGUCGACUGUCCCCCUGCUGCCACACACGGCGCUCGGGCAGGCCAAGACUCCCGCGCCCUCUUCCAGAAGUGGAUCGAUCACCCGUGCCGUCCACAUGACAAUGCUGUCGUUGUGGACUCGACGAGAAACCUGGAGACGCUCCGAGACGACGUGCUGAAGCAGAUCAUG